GGAACUACAAUCGUUGGAGAAAUUGUGCCUGGCAAUAAGAAGUCCAAGGGGGAAAGUACAUCUAAAGAGAAGAAUAAGGGAAAGAUUGAACAGCAGAAUUUGAAUGCAGGGAAGCAAAUUAAGGAAGUUCAACAAGGUAAAGGGGAAAAUCAUAAGUGUUUUAAACCAGACAAUGAG